CAGGGUCUCCUUCCGACUUCUUCGCAUCUACACCGCGAGCUGUUGACCGGAAGCAAGUCCUUUCCUGGCCGCGGAGGGGACCUUCUGCGGAACAGCGUGAGGCUCCUACCACAGCCUCCGCCUGGGCGGCUGCUGGCGCUCCUGCCGCCCCCACCUUCCCCGAGGCCUAGAGGAGCGGAGCUCUAGGCUUGUGUGUGUGCGCGCUCGCGCGGUUGGUGCGGGAAAAUCUGAAGAAGCUGCUGAAUAUUGCUGGCAGUGAUCUGAAGCCCAGCAAAAGCCUGUAAAGCACUUGAGCUUUUCGAAAGAAAAACAGAAUAAACGAAAGAAAAGAAGCGAAGCUCGUUCUCCGAGAGCCCGGGUUUCCAAUAGUGCUGUAUCUUCCUGGAGCUAGGCAGAGGCGUGUUUGGCAGUGGCCACUGCCCGCACCCGGGCUUGGAAAGACGGGUUUUCCCCGUUUCAGGAGGAGGGAGGUGAGGGACUUGCAGGACCUGGUCUAGAAGCCGGCAGAGAGAACUCUGGGGAGGAGAACGGCGCGGCGCGGAGCAGCCACCCUCUGACCAUGCCCCUGUGAGGGGGGCGGACUUCGAGGGCAACUCGUCGCGGACUGCCGGGGCUUAGCCCGCAAACUGCGAGCGGCCAGGGACCCGGAACUGCGCGGCACGGCCCGGCGGGGGGCUAUCGUCUUAUGUCUUCUUGGGGAGCCAGGCCGAUCGGGGUCUCGUUUUUGCAGGAAGAGCCCAGAGCUGGUGCGUUCGGCUGGCUGCUGCCGGCGCUGCUAGUGCUAUUUCCGCCGCCUGUGCAAGGAGCAGAGACCGGUGAGCAAGGAGACCUCCCGGGCAGCGAGACAUCGGUCAUGUGUCAGCACGUCUGGGGCGCACAUCCGUCGAGCCCGAGGGGAAAUUUGCUGGAACAGUUCAAACUGUGAUAUUGAUCUUGGGGGUGACGGUCCCUGGCCGACUAUCCGGUGGAAGUGCGAGUGUGCGCUCGCUAGGAAGUGUGCGUGUGUGCAUGUGUGUGUUCCUUGUGGGGCUCCCCCUUCCCCCCCUGUUUUCACGUCGAGUGAUGCACUUGGAAUGAGAAUCAGAGGAUGGAAAUAGUCUGGGAGGUGCUUUUUCUUCUUCAAGCCAAUUUCAUCGUCUGCAUAUCAGCUCAACAGAAUUCACCAAAAAUCCACGAAGGCUGGUGGGCAUACAAGGAGGUGGUCCAGGGAAGCUUUGUCCCAGUUCCUUCUUUCUGGGGAUUGGUGAACUCAGCUUGGAAUCUUUGUUCUGUGGGGAAACGGCAGUCGCCAGUCAACAUAGAGACUAGUCAUAUGAUCUUUGAUCCCUUUCUGACACCCCUUCGCAUCAACACUGGGGGCAGGAAGGUCAGUGGAACCAUGUACAACACUGGAAGACAUGUGUCCUUGCGUCUGGACAAGGAGCACUUGGUCAACAUAUCAGGAGGGCCAAUGACAUACAGCCAUCGGCUGGAGGAGAUCCGGCUACACUUUGGGAGUGAGGAUAGCCAAGGGUCAGAGCACCUCCUCAAUGGACAAGCCUUCUCUGGGGAGGUGCAGCUCAUCCACUAUAACCACGAGCUAUAUACCAAUGUCACAGAAGCUGCAAAGAGCCCAAAUGGAUUGGUGGUAGUUUCUAUAUUUAUAAAAGUUUCUGAUUCAUCGAACCCAUUUCUUAAUCGAAUGCUCAACAGAGAUACUAUCACAAGAAUAACAUAUAAAAAUGAUGCAUAUUUACUACAAGGACUUAAUAUAGAGGAACUAUAUCCAGAGACCUCUAGUUUCAUUACUUAUGAUGGGUCCAUGACUAUCCCACCCUGCUAUGAGACAGCAAACUGGAUAAUAAUGAACAAACCUGUCUAUAUAACCAGGAUGCAGAUGCAUUCCUUACGCCUGCUCAGCCAGAAUCAACCAUCACAGAUCUUUCUGAGCAUGAGUGACAAUUUCAGGCCUGUCCAGUCACUCAACAACCGUUGCAUCCGCACCAACAUCAACUUCAGUUUACAGGGGAAGGACUGUCCAAACAACCGGGCCCAGAAGCUUCAGUAUAGAGUCAAUGAAUGGCUCCUCAAGUAGGGAACCAAGCCAAGAAGAAUUCCACCUCAGUGAAAUGCUACGACUGUGAAUAGAUGUAACCUAAAAUGUCCCCCUUCUUUCUUCUCUCUCCUCCCCUCCUUCAAGCCUCAUUCACUCUGUGGAUUGGCCCUUCCUUCAUAAAAAGUGUCUGCAAAACCUUGGCAGAGGAGUACAUCUCUUACACACACUCACAAACACACACACACAAGCACACACACAUGCAAAUAUAUCUACAUACAAACACACUCACACAGCACCCAAGAUGGGAAGUCAAGUUUCAGAAACAAAAGGCUCAUUCAUAAAAGGUUUUAGAAGAAAAUAACCAACUAACCAGAUUACAAUUUUGAUACUGUUUUCUGGAACAAAUAAAUCUACCCAAUGAGACUUUUCAGCCUUUGUACAUACAAAAUUCUUCUGAGAGAGAGGAGAAAACACAGCUCUGACAGCAUCAAGUGGACUUUGUUCUUUGCAUCGAGUAAUCUUGUAUAGUGUCCUAAGAUCCUUUAAAGGUGCUGGUAACAGGUGAGCCAGGAUAAAGUUGGCCAAGGACACAUUUAUAGAUUAUCAUUCUUCUGUUUACUCAACAAUUUAAA